UUUUGUUGUUCUGUGUUCUGUCAGGAUGAUCAUCUUCGAUUUGAUGUUCUGUGGAAUUUGCUAUUUGGUGAUUUGUGGCAUUUGUCAAUGUGGUGAUAAGUGGACCGAGUAGGUGGAGGCCAUUUUGUCAAUCAUUUUAUUGAGACUUGGAAUACAUACUUCGAAGGUUUCAACAAAGCUUUUAAAAGAUGAAUGCCUCAUCAUCUGGAAUAUGGGAUAUUCCUCCGCCACCUGGAACUGAAGAUGAUCAGACAAUUUCAGCAAAUUGUAAAAUGGAAAAGGCUUCCCCUAGAGCAAUAGAUAGUAUUGACCCAUAUGUUAAAAAUCCUCAUUACCUGGAGUACGAGAAGAAGUCCGGGCGAACAAAGAGAGGAUCCAGAAGUAAAUCUCAUGAGAGAUGUGAAAAACGUCGGCGCUCUAGGUCUAGGAGCAGAAGUAAAUCAAAGUACCGUUCCCGUAGAUCUAGAUCAAGAUCUCGUCGAAGAAGAAAAUAUAGUAGAUCCAAAAGUAGAUCCAAGUCUAGGAGUAGAGUGAAGUAUCGGAGAGAAAAAGAUAAGAGAUCAAGACAUCAUUCUCGUUCAAGAAAUCAUUCUCGUCCUAGACACUCAUCCCGAUCUAGAUAUUCCUCUCGUUCGAGGGUGUCCAGAUCUAGGUCUAGAAGUAGAUCUAAAUCAUAUAGGUCUUAUAGAACUAGUAGGAAUAGAAGAAGUAGUAAGGAACAAUCUGAUUAUGAGGAAAAACCAACAGUAGAUAAUAAUUAUGAAUCAGUUGAGCUAAAAGUGGAAGAAGAAGAAGAAGAAACUGAACCUGUUAAGGACAAUGCCUUUAAAAAUGAUGGAUCUUUUCUAGAGAUGUUUAAAAAAAUGCAAGAAGAAAAGAGAGCCCAGGAAGAAACACAGAAGGCAGAAGCUGAAAAACAGAAAUUAUUGCCUGCAUUUGGAAAAAGAAGGGGUGGAAGAGUUCUUAAAACAGGAAUGGUACAGAAAAGUAAACCUCAAGAUAGUGAAGAAAAUGUUCAUGACCCAUGGUCAGUUUAUAUGAAAGAAGUAAAGAAAUAUAAAGAAGCUUGUUGUGAUGACGACUCUAAAACAAGACUAUUAGUGAAGUAGUAAAAAGUUAAAUACUGAUUUUUGAAAGGUUACAAUGCCAGAACAAGAAGUAGUACUCAAAACAGCCCCUUUUGAUCCAAGGUUUCCCAAUACUAAUCAAACUCGCUAUUGUUACCAAAGCUACUUGGACUUUUAUCGAUGCCAAAAGAUAAGGGGAGAGAACUAUGAGCCCUGUCAGUAUUUCAACAGGGUUUUCCAUUCAAUGUGUCCCAACAACUGGAUU